AUGCAGGUACCGGUAUAUACUUCUCCCAAGAUCGAAAGGUUUCCAGCUAACUGCCCAACACCUCCAAGGGAGAAUGCGGAACCGAUAGAAUCCAGUGAAGGAGCCGAACCAAAUCUCACCGAGCAAUCUCCUCCCCCACAGCCGGAAGUCCCUGUUUCAGACUUUACUAAAGAGUGGGUUGAGGACCGACUUCAAAAGCUUGAAGCAUCCACAUCGGAACGGAUUGAUGACCGUAUCCAAGAGUUCGAUGACAAAGCGGUUCAACCAUUCAAAAACAGACAACAAAGAAUAUUGGACUCGGCCCUCAAGUUCGCCGACGUCACAAGGCAUCUUCUGGAGAGAAAUCAAGAACGAUUCUCGGAACUUGGCGAAGGUCUGCAGGAAGAGGCGGUUCAGCGCGAUAAAUUUGUUCAGCGAACUGCAAUUCUGGAGGACGUAACCUCCGAUUUAAAGAAAGAUUUCGACCGGCUUGAGAGAGAUACAGAUCAACGGUUGACUGCGAUGAGUGUUGAUCUGGUCGGCACGACACUUGACCGGGUGAACGCGGUCGCCGCGGCUGUAGCGGCUGAUGCUCAAGUAGCUAAAAGGAUCCAGGAUGCGCUGGAUGCCGAAAUGAGUAAAGAAAAGGAGGCACCGCGUCCCACUCCACUCAUCGAAGAAGAAGCAGAGGCCGAGCGACUUCGAAUUGCAGAGGCUAAGUACCCAGGGUUUGCUGAGAAAGUAGCCGCUCAGGCUGCGGAGGAUGCCGCACGGUUGGAAAGGGAAGCACGGAGGCUGGACGGCUUCGCCGAAGAAAACAAGAAGAAGAAGGCGGUCGCCUCCGCCUCAGCGCCGAAAAAGCGGAAGAGGGAGGCUCCUAAGAAGGAGGCCCUUAAGAAGGUUCAAAUUGCCGAGCUGCUCAGAGAGGUCUCUAAACCGGUCAUCCCGAGUGCAUCGCAGCAGGCCGACCAAAUCGAAGAUGAAGUCGAAGAGCAACUGCGGUCCCAGUCUACAAGACGACGAUCUUCCGAACCGACCGGUCAACAGCAACCGAAGAAAAAGAAGAGCCUAUAUGACUUCACGGACUCUGAUUAG